AUGCUUUUUAGAGAAUCAGCACGUACUCAAACACUCCUGAAUGGGUUUAAUCUGGAAGUGAUUCGCGAAAACACUCAUAAAAGUAUGAUCCAUAUAAACGUGGCGGAUACACAGACUCUUGUCGAGAAAUCCGAUGGAGUGACCAAGUACACGGCUUACAACAUCUACGUCAACGGAUCGUUCCAUGCAGCUGUUCGAUUUAGUCGAUUAAUUCAGUUUGCUGAAGCGAUUAAGCAGCGAUUUGCCACGAAGAACCACCUUAUGCUGCGUUUUCCUUCGAAGCAGUGGUUCCCACUCGAUGAAAAGGGUAUAGAACAGCGUAGGAUCAAAAUAUCAAAAUACUUUAAUUUACUUGCUCAGUCACCUGAUAUUGUCCGGAGUCUAUUCGUUGAGAGGUGUUUUCUAGAAUUUCAAAUUGAAUCAUACCCUGAGACGAGUACGAAUAUAUCACUCAAUGUUUUCUUGGGUGAUGGUUACAAGAUUGGUAUGAAAUGCGCCUUAUCUCUAUGUACAGAUGAUGUUAUGAAGGUUGUUUUCAGUCCUAGAACUCCUUUUUGUUCCUUAAAUAUACUCGCUUUUCAGAAAAUUGCUCAACAGCUACAGAUAGAUAACUCUGAACGGUUUCUUCAAAUGUUUGGUAUGUUUUUGGCGCGUCCACGCGACGAUUCCAAUAACCUUGUUGACGGUCAAUUCAAUAUGCUCGUUGUACGAUUACUGCGUAACUUCGAAUCGCCAUAUGCCACCCUUCAAACUGCCAAUCGCCAAUCGGCUGUCCACGGAGUAUGUUAUAAACUCGUCAUAAGGAAGAUGAUAUGGGAUCCACGAGUAGAGGAAACAUUAUUGUGUGAUGCAGCGAAGUCCGAUCUUCAAAACGGUUUCUUCUCGACUUCAUCUGAAUCGAUAGCUGAGCAUUUGCGUAUACUUGAAGCGAAGGACGACAAACUACAAUACCUAAGGAUUUGCCAUCAGUUUCCUAGUUAUUCGUACGAGGUUUUUCCUCAUUGCAUCGGUGAUUAUCCUGAGCCUAACACACCUUGUGAGGUUAUGAUAGGGCGUCGCCAGUUGGUUCUUGUCAUUUCGGGAAAAGAGGUAUGUGAGUCAAGUUUAAUGUUAGUUUAUGUCGGUGUUUUUGUGUCUAGGCGUAUUGAUCUUCUAAUUGCUCUCUUAUUAUAG